AGAGGGGGCGUUGUUGACAGUUGCGUCCCUUACUUAUAUAUCAGAGGCUCUUCAGUCAAAGAGAAAAUGCCUGAUCCCGCAAAAUCCGCCCCUGCGCCCAAGAAGGGCUCGAAAAAGGCCGUGACCAAAACCCAGAAGAAGGGAGACAGAAAGCGCCGCAAGAGCAGGAAAGAAAGCUAUGCUAUUUACGUGUAUAAAGUGCUGAAGCAGGUGCAUCCAGACACUGGGAUCUCCUCAAAGGCCAUGGGCAUCAUGAAUUCUUUUGUCAACGACAUAUUUGAACGCAUCGCGGGAGAAGCGUCGCGCCUGGCGCACUACAAUAAGCGCUCCACCAUCACCUCUAGGGAGAUCCAGACCGCCGUCCGCCUGCUGCUGCCCGGCGAGCUGGCCAAGCACGCCGUGUCCGAGGGCACCAAGGCUGUGACCAAGUACACCAGCUCCAAGUAGAGGCAGACAGAGGCUCGAGGGGGAACUGUCACCAAACACCGUCAAGAUGAUUCACAGUGUCAAGUGUUCUUUUUGCCAAACAAUGCAUUUGUGAUUUUGCACCAUUGCCGCUUCUUGGAGAAAAAGAACCCAGGUCUUACAUAUGAUCCGUGUGCUGAGAUUCAUCGGAACUGCUAUCUUGAUUGAACACAUUGUGUGGGUGUAUUUUGAACUGUGUAACGUUUUUUACAAAACCAUUUAAUACUCUCAGAAUGAAUGUAAGUCGGUGCUGCUCAACUGUGGAAACCUUUGCUUUGCACCAUUGUAUAUUAGUUAUUUGUAUGCACCACGAAAAAUGACGAACAGAUUUCAGUGUAUGUUGUCACAGCUAAAGCAUCAGGAGAUCAAAGCUGUGAUUAGACAUCAGUGCGAAGUUUCAUUUUCACAUGUGGUGCUUUGUCAUGAAUGCUGUCUUUGAAAAUAGCGACACUGAACGGCAGCUGAACAGAACAUGCAUGGAGAGUGUGCAUGUGUGCAUCCCUGGUGAUCAUAACUUGCUCCUCCUUUCACUUCAGGGUCUCCUGGAGGCAGCGGAAGACUGAUGUUUUCCCACCAAUAUCUUUCAAACCUCACCUGAGAAGAGGUUGGAGAAUGGUAAUAGACAACCACAACCUGUGAAGUCAAAUAUUAUGACAUUAAGGAGAUGUAGUGGCCCUGGACUGUAAAAAUGUUGCUGUCAAAAUCUUUUAAAAAUUCUGCACACUGUGGAAAGUUCAACACGUUUCUCAUUAACUCACAGAUAGUCAGAUUCAAUGACUAGUCCUACAAGAUGUAUAUGAAAUAAACUUUCAUCUGUCAUCUCA